AUGCACAUGAAUAAAAAACUAUCAGCAAAGUUCGUGGCUAUAAAACAUUGCUCCACAUGGCCAAGUAACCGUCAGCAUAUCGAAUCCUACAAAGUGGGUUUUCCCCGCACUAGGUUAAAACAAUUACCAACAUCCCUACCCAUAUCCCUUCCUGCUGGGGCAGUCAACCCAUUAAUCAUCCAGCCCUCUGAUUUGAUCGAGACUCGCGAUGGUCUCUCUUUGACCGCUCUGUGUCUCAUCACGAUCACGUAUGGGCUGACGCCUGAAUGGAUUCUACCUGAAUCUGCCAGCUCCAGUUUCCUGCAACCAUCAAUCUACACUCGUCAGGAGGCUACUACUAUGAUCACAGAGCUACGCUACACCCAGGUGACCACAAGUCAGGCCGGAAUCUUCAAAUGCCGGGCAGGCAAUUUAUAUGAGGCCCAGCUAACCGUCCGCGUGCAUCCGCCAGAAAGUGAGUAA